UCUUCUUUCGUAAGGCGCUCUUCCUUCUUUUGCGACGUCGCUUCAUCAUUUUUCCCAUAUUUGUGCACAGACAGAACUCGGUGGCGAUUCGUGACUCAGUGGUCGAACUCGGUGAGAUGGUCUCAGCCAGAGCCAAGGCGGCGAAAGCCGAGCGCCUUACGGAAGAGGGGAACAUUUACUUCAGUGAAAAACUUUUCGGCCUCGCGAUCGAUGCCUAUACAAGGGCGAAAGACUUGUGCCCUAAUGUUUCUGCCUAUUGGACGAAUCGAGCUCGUUGCCACCAGAUGCGAAAUGAUUGGACCAAAGUUGAAAAGGACUGCCUGAAUGCUAUUAAGGUUGACAACAACUCUGUCAAGGGGCACUACAUGCUGGGACUAGCAUUACUACAGAAGGAAGACAAAGAGGGUGGACUCAAAGAACUGCAGAUGGCUCUGAAUCUUGAAAGAGUUGGGAACCCAACUGGAUCUUUGGUUAAAGAAAUCUGGAAAGAGAUUGCAAAGGAGAAAUACAAGGAAUGGGAGCAGCUCUUUGCCGAGCGUGAAUUGGAACUGAGAAACCUGAAGGAAGCUUGUGAGGAUGCUCUUAAUCAAAAACAUGAUCUUGUUAUGUCUGAAAAUCCAUCAGAUGAAGCCAUAGCUUCUUCCCAUUCCAAACAGUUGGAAGCUCUGGAACGAUUCUUUCAGAAAGCUGCAGAAGACGACAGAACAACCAAGGUGCCAGAUUAUCUGUGCUGCAUGAUCACUCUCGAGAUUUUCCAAGAUCCUGUCAUUACUCCAAGCGGGGUUACAUAUGAAAGAGCUGCAAUCCUCGAACAUCUCGACAAGUUAGGGAAGUUUGAUCCAUCGACAGGGAAGCCGCUUGAGCAGUCCCAACUGGUUCAGAAUCUGGCUGUCAAGGAGGCCGCCAUGGCUUAUUUGGAUAAGCACGGGUGGGCUUACAAGACAGGUUGACACUGACACAAACUCAAUAUCAUCAUCAUGGGGUAAAGCAAGAAAAUAUAGAUGAGAUACAUUCAGGAACUGUGUGUGUGUAUAUGUUAGAUCUCUUCAGAGUUCAGACCAGAGACCCACCCAUGACAGUUUUCUGGUAAUACGCAAAUGUGAAGUGAAAAUAAAAUCAUAUAAUCAUUUUCUGGCUCCUAAAAGUUUGGAAUAUCAUAACCAACUGUACAACGAGCUAUAAGCAUCUUGUCUUUUGUGAUUAGAUGUUGGUUCUUUUUCGAAUAAUAUCUGAUUGAA